AUGGAAAGAGGCAAAGCCGGCGAUCAGGAGUUUUACCUGCGAGCUUUCGACGAAGUUGGUAACCUGUUCGCCAGUUCUGCGAAAGUUCGCAUCUCCCUCUCGUACCACCCGCGACCGGGAAGCGCAACCCCCACUGGCGGAAACACCCCCGCUUCUAAGGCACGCGGAACGCCCUCCAGCGCAAAGGGGAACAUUCUCGGGCGCGCGCUCACCGCAGCAUUCUCCCGCAUCUCCGCGGAGAGGGCUGCGGAAAAGGGAGCGGAAAAGGGCGGCGGCGGCAGUGGAAUCACGGGCUCUCCCGCGGGAACCCCAAUCCGCGCGCAGUCGUUUUCCCGCGUCCACCCGGAGACCUUCAGCAGCGCCGGAGGAGUGGGAGGUGGAGGGGGAGGGGGAGGGGGAAUGCCCGGAGGAACUCCUACCGGAACGCCCGCGCGCAUCCGCGGAGAGGAAGGGGGGCUUCUAGCAGGGGGGGCGACAGUGCUAGGCACUCCAGGGGGGGCUGUCACUGGUGCUGGAGCUACUCCGGUGGCUACACCUGGGAAUACUCCUGGGAUCACACCUGGGAAUACACCUGGCUGGGCGUUGGCGAGCUUACGACUAGCGAACUUGACGUUCACGCCUGGGAUUCAAACGCGGGAGGCCAUGUCGUCGCAUGGCCCUAGCACGCUGCAGCGGUCGCGGCCCAUGUCGCCAAGGUCGCCGGCGUCGCCCAGGUCGCCCAUGUCGGAGGUGCGCGACGGUCUGCGACACGGGCUGGACCUGGUGCAGGCGCUGCGCGAAGUUACCGAAGGAGGGGCAAAAUUCGCGAACGCGAGUAACAAGAAGCAGAAGUCGAAAUCGGGGCCGUUGAGCGUGAACCAUCCGUACAUGAUGGAAGCCGUGGAUCUACAGCGCAAGCAUAAGUAUAAAGCGCAAUCCGGCCCGUUAUUCGAUAGCGGAGACGCCUAUGACGCGGAUGGGGGAGGCUCCGGAACCUGCAGCCCGUACAGCUCCCGCCGCCCCGCGUCCUCCUCCCCCCCGAGGCACGUGCGCAAGAUGAUCCUCCCCCACCGCUCCGCCACUCCGCCCAUGUCCUUCCGCGAGGCCCCGCAACCCCCGCAUUCGGGAGGGGGAUUCAUCCUCGGUAGAAGCGCUCCGCUAAACCCAGAAGCUCUUGAUCUUUGGGAAGGAGGGGAGCCACCUCCAGGGGUAUUUACCUCGAGAUCUGGGCCGUUACGGUUGCAGGGUAAUUACUCGGGAUAUCAACCGACGUCGGGGCCUCUACCCACCACGACGUCUCUAAUGAAACUCGACUCGUUAGACACUCCGCCGACUCUUCCCCCUCCCCCGUCUCUCCGCGCUAUGCGGCGCGGAGGGGGCGGGCUGUUCUCGCACUCGAUUGUUAGCGGGAGUGCUUAUAGCGGGGCUGCGUUAAGCGGGGGGGCGUUUAGCGCGGGAGCGGGGAGCAUGCAGGAGACGAACAGCUCGAGCGGCUGCCACGUGGGAUCCACGGGCGAUGACGUGUCAUCUGGUAUGGCAGGCUCGGGGAUGGCAGGCUCGGGAGUGACAGGUUCGGGAAGGAUGCUUCGGCGGCAGGGAUCCGGCGGCCGGGAAGGGCCGGGCGGACGAUCAGGAGGAAGCAUGGGGGCGGUUACAGGCGGAGGGACGGGGGGAAGCGGAGGGACGGGGGGAAGCGGAGGUAUGGGGGCAUCUGUGGGGCCAGUGACAGGCGAGUUUGGCAGCUUCGCAGGCGGGUUUGGGGCGGACGGAUUUGGCAGCUUCUCCAGCCUGGCUUCUCAAGGGUCUGUGAAGGCCCCGCUACAUUCACAAGGCAGCUUCAGCGGCGUUCACGGCGCGAGUGUUAAUGGUGCAACUUCCUCCUCCGGCCGAGGAAUGCCUGAGAGCCUGCAGCGCGGGGGAAGCGGGGGGAGCGUGCAAGUCGAGGGUGGGGGGGAAGCGGAAGGGGCGGGAGGGGGUGGAGGGGAGGCGUUGGGAUUGGCAGGAGGGUAUGCCGGCAGGGAGACGGUGGGGGGCGAAGGAUUUCCGGUGCCAGCGGGCUUAGAGGCUCAGAAUGACGUGGCGCUGUUUCUGCCAGAGGGGCGAACCUUCGAGGAAAUGCUGAUGGAGGAGGAGAGACACGAGCAACAGAUGGCACAGGCACAGCAGCCUUUAUCAGCAGCAAGCCCCCACCACCGAGCUGCCUAUACGUGCCUCAGCGACAACCAACAAAAGACAGCGGACGCCGGCCAGCCACCAGUCAGCCCGGUCAACCAGGUCAACCAGAAGACACAGCAGAACUACCAGCAGCAGCAGCAGCAGCAGCACGGAUUAAGCAUUAUCCCGGGAGUGGUGAAUGUUGACACGGCACAGCCAUUCUCCCCCCCCUCUGACGUCCCUCCCUUCAGCGCGUUUGAUGGUGCUCUCUCCAACCCACCUUCCGUAGGCAGAGGAGAACCAGCAGCAGCACCAGCAGGAGGAGCUGCAGCAGUUAUUGCUGCCAGCAAUGCGGGCAGUGCUCCUGUUGUUGGUGGCAGUGUGGGUGGCAGGGGGAUAGGCGGUGGUGUUGGUAGUGGCAUUGGGAGGUCUGGCUUGGGUGGUGGUGGUGUGGGCGGAUGUGGGGUUAAUUCUGGUGUCAGUAAUUUGCAGCAGCUGCAGCAGCAACCAUACCAGCAGCAGCAGCAGCAGCAGCAGCUGGGUCAGAAGGAGGGUGAGCAGGAGGGGCAUGUGAUGGGCAUGUGGAAGGUGUACGACAACCAGCUUGUCUCUGAGAACCAGCUACUUUCACACAACCAAAACAUACUACCUUCCAGCAUCCACCCACCUACCCCCCUUUCAUCUCCUGGGUUUGGCAUGGCGGCAGGAGCAGCAGGGAGUCCCUUGCGUCGAGCAAGGGGUGUUGGGCGGAGGACAAUUGGAGCGGGCGUGGGUGGGGGUAUAGGAGGGUCCAUGGGAGGAGGAAUGGGAGGGGCGAUGGGAGGAGGAAAGGGAGGGUUGGGAGGAAGAAUAGGAGAGAGACACAGUGGGAUCGAAGGUGGUGCUGCUGCCACUGCCAUAGCUCCUGCUGCUAACACGGCAGCACCCAUGGCUGCAAUGCAGUAUGCUUGA